CAAGGACGGCCGGCUGUGGCGGCGGCUAGAGCUCUCUUCCUGCUCGCCCCGCCCCGGGCGGCCGCCUCAUAGUGACACGUCUUCUCACCUCCCCCUUUCUCUUUUUCCCCCGUCUCCUCACGUCUGCCUAUAUCACGAUAGUCGCGCCAGCAGCGAGUUUGGGGGGUGCUUGCCUGCGUGCGGGAUGCUGGGCGCUGACGGCUGGCAGCCGAGGUCAGUCCUCAAGGCCGCUGCCAGAAAGGAGGAACAAGGAAAAGGCGGGGGAAGCCGGCGGUGCGGUUCCUCUCCUGAGGGGAAGGGAGGGAGCCGAGGCUGCUGUUGGAACCGAGCGCCGCGGGGCCCCUCGGGAGGGGAUGACCGGGGCCCUCCCGGUGGGAAGGCAUGCCCCGGUAACCAACCAAAGAAGUUAUGAAUAUCAUCCGUGGUUUAAAGUUGUUGGGCAGGAACUGUAUUUCCUUUCGUUUGGCUUCUUUGACAAAGGAGGCAAAGUGCAAUAACUUCUAUAAGCCUUAUGCAGGGUAUUGCCGAACUCAAGUCAGUUGUACACGAGACAGGGGCCAAAGGCUGGAUUUGAGUGGAAAUGCUAGAAACUGGUUUUUGACUGGAAGCCCUGACUCUGACAGAAACUUCAUCAGUAAAGGACUGAGAUGUCUUUUGAAUGUCCCAAAUACAGCAGUACACAAGAAUGCACAGCACAGUCUGGGAAGGUUUUGCUUCCAGGCAUCUCAUCCCCUGGGAAAGACAGUCACAUCCCUCCAGAUCAGCUCCAUAGGGGAACUCCCACACCAUUUCCCAGCUUGGAACAUUCAGAUCGUCAGGUCUCUUCACACAUCACCAUCAUUUCAGGCUGCACCAGCUCCUCUUUUCUGGAUUAUUGUUAAGCCAGCUCAGAAAUUAUUUGCUAUUCUUCUUGGCAGGAGCAUAAGAAACUGGUGGAAGGCACUUCCUCCUAAUAAACGGGAACUUUUUAAAGAACAUGCAAGACAAAAUAAAUGGAAGAUACUCCUGAGUGUCAGUAGCUUUGGAGUUUUAUUCAUUGUGUUUUAUUUUACUCACUUGGAGGAGACACCCAUCACUGGGCGCCCCCGACUGCUGGUGUUUGGAAAAGAACAUUUUAGGGAACUGUCCCAGAUGGAAUAUAAGAUGUGGAUGGAGGAAUUCAAAAGUAAAAUGUUACCUGAGACAGAUCCACGCUACCAGGUUGUGAAGAGAGUUGUUGGUCAUUUAUCUGAAAGCAAUAAGGACAUCCCACAGGUCUCUGCACUCGAGUGGGUUAUCCAUGUGGUAGAGGAACCAGGUGUUAAUGCUUUUGUGCUUCCAAACGGUCAAGUAUUUGUCUUCACUGGGUUGCUAAAUGCAGUUUCUGAUAUUCAUCAGCUGUCCUUCAUUCUGGGACAUGAAAUAGCUCACGCUGUGCUGGAACAUGCAGCAGAGAAAGCCAGCCUGGUUCACUUCUUGGAUUUUCUAUCACUCAUCUUUCUCACUAUGAUUUGGGCCAUCUGUCCUCGAGAUAGUUUGGCAGUUGUUGGCCAGUGGCUUCAGAGCAAGUUGCAGGAGUUUAUGUUUGAUAGACCAUACAGCAGAACAUUGGAGGCUGAAGCUGAUAAAGUGGGACUUCAGUUUGCAGCAAAGGCUUGUGUGGAUGUAAGAGCAAGCAGCGUAUUUUGGCAACAAAUGGAAUUAGCAGAAACCAUUCAAGGGCAGCCGAAGUUACCAGAGUGGCUCUCCACACACCCUUCUCAUGAGAACAGAGCAGAGCACUUAGACCGGCUUAUCCCAGAGGCUCUUAAAAUAAGAGAGAGCUGCAAUUGCCCAUCUCUUUCUGGACCAGAUCCUCGCCUCAUUUUCAAACUUAACAUGCAACAUCUUCUGGAAUCGUCUCAGAAUCAAGAAGCCCCAAAUUCUACAAAGCGAGAUCACCCAAAACCCAAACUGGAUUUUCCUCACCCUCAAAAAGUGGAAGAUAGCCCAGUAACUUUUGCAGUUAAACCUACAAGCUAAUGAGAACAACUUCCAAUUUUUUGUAAACUUGUGGUCCCUGAAGGUCUCUCUUCUAACACAAUUUUGUCUUUGAACCAUAAAGAAGAUGUAGCCACUCAUAUUCUAUGUUUUUUAAAAGUGAUCUCUCACUCAAAGCAAUAAGGAACCAUGCCCACACAAGAAGAGCGGCAUGUUGGAGCAGAAAGCUUCUUAAUCAUCAAGAGUUACUAAAAUAAAUCACUUCUCAGGGGAAAGAUAAUCUCAUACAAUCCAGUCACACAGUGUAAUUUUCAGCUUUAUCAGGCUCACCUUGAUCAGAGGACAGAUGAGCCAGAAGCGUCCCUAAAGCAGAGGAAAACGUACAGUUUUCAUCACUUAAGUUGUAUGGUUUAUCUUGCUGUAAUUUGGGUUACAUCUCUUCAGCUUCAUUUGAGAAAUAAUGAGGAGAGCUCACUGCCUGCUCCACAUCUGGUAUCUUUAAGAAUAUUAAGCUGAGAUGUGGUAAUAGCCUAUGGGCGAGAUACACCCCCGCUUAAUUAGGUGGAUUUACUGCUGGGAUUUUUCUUCUUUCUAAGGCAUUUUAGAAUAUGGAUUGAUUCAACAUUUUUCUUCAAAGCAACCUGAAAGGGUUGAACAAAGUUCAAUUUAAAAAAAGGAGUUAAAUGAUUUUCAAGCAAGUCUUUCUUCUGAAAGAAACACAGUGUAAGAACCAUAGUUUGUAGCACUGGCAUCAUAGAAUCCUAGAAUGGUUCGGAUUGGAAAGGACCUUAAGAUCAUCUAGUUCCAACCUCCUGCCAUGGGCAGGAAUUCCUCACCCUAGACCAUGUCACUCAAGGCUCUGUCCAAUCUGGCCUUUUAACGCUGCCCAGGGAUGGAGCAUUCACCACUUCUCUGGCCAGCCUGUUCCAGUGCCUCACUACCCUCACAGUAAAGAAAUUCCUUAUAUCUAACCUGAACUUCCCCUGUUUAAGUGUGAACCCAUCACCCCAUGUCUUAUCACUACAGUCUCUAAAUGCUUUGCAAGAAUGGCUGUUGCCUUUUUAAAAUGAUCAGGGUCCCUCAUCAGAGUGCAGUUUUCCUGCCUUGACAUUUGAUCUACAUUUGGAUAGAAGUGAUUGCUGAUGUGGAAAUAUAUUAUGUAGUAGACAGAUACAGCAAGAUUCCUUGACUACACAGCUUUUGCAGCUGUACCUUAUCCUAAAAGGUGUCUUCUCUUCAGGAAACUGGCAUCCAGUGCUGAGCAUCCCUCCUGUCCCCAGCCCCCUGAAGCCACACAUUUUAUACUGUGGAGGCAAAUAUGCACAAUAUAGGUUAAGCUCUGCCUUUUGUGAUGGGCUAACCAGUACCGCAUGGUAUUCUUCAUUUGCACAUGUUUGAGUUAUCCUUGCUUUGCGUUUGAAAGUAUUGAAGUGGUGAUCUUACAGGAAGAUGUAGAAAAAGGUGGCAAUGAAUGGAAAUAAAAAUGCAAAUCCCAUUCCUUUUUUCUGUUAAGAGGUAUUUGCUAUUGGGGGUUUUGUUACCCAUAUUAAAACAGAAAUCUGUUUCAUCUAUGGUAGGAUUUUACAUGAAGUGGACAUUUUACAAUGUAUCGUAUUUUGAAAUAUAUAUAUAUAGGGGGCAGACUGUAUCUUAUUUCUUCAAUUAAAUCAGGAUACAAGCUUUUAGAAAGGAAAACUCCAACCUAUUCAGUGAUGCCAGUGAAUACAGUUGGGGAAAAAAGGUUGUGAAACAAGUAAAUCUUUUCCUGACUUCAGUCGAUGAACCAAGGUCCUUUGAGAAACACCAGCAACUCCCUAUGCAGAGGUAAGUUGAUGUAUGUGUAAUGUUGAUGAUUUUAGGUCUGAUUACAUAGCUCUAGACUGGCUGCAUAUUGCUUACAAGCUGGUUUUAAAUCUCUGCUCACUACUUCUGGCAAGAUGCAGAAGCUCCAGCCUGACUAUUAUUCAUCCAUCCAUUUUUAUUUCUAGUGACAGGAGGUUUUGUAACAGCCGUUCAGUGAUGUGUUGAAGCAUUUGGACGUUGUCACCUAAAGGUAAACAGAAAAAUACACCAGUUAGAUUUCCCUGUGGACCUUAUAGCUUAUAAAGCAACACUGAGACCCCAAUGCUGCUGCCUCCCUCUCCUUCCAGUGUCAAAGCUUGUUUUGUUAUCCCGGGCUCCUGGUCGACUUGCAACAUGAUGCUUGCGUCUGUUAGGACUCAGGACAACAUAGAGUUUCUGAAGUGUUGCAGUAUGAAACUAGACAAAUUUCCUCUUUCUACUGUUUUAAGUGACUGAAGUAUUGCAGUGGAACACUGGAGGUGCGUUUUUUUAACACCAAGGGAAAUGUUCUUAAUUUGUGUGUAAAUAGUAUCAUAACCCUGAUCAUGGUGAUGUGAGAGAAAAGGUUUCAAGAGAGAAUUAGCUUAUAUUAGACCAAAAAACGGCUUGUGUCCUUCUUCCAGCUAUAACCAGCAAAUGGCUUGUGUACUUCUUCCAGCUAUAUUUGUCUAAUAAAACACAUCUCUUUCCUUACAAACCUCACAUACAUAUAUGAACAUAGGUACAUACAGUACACACCCAAACACAAGAGUUAGACCUCUACGCUAAACCACUAGUUUUAAAGUGCAAUAUGAGAUGCUGAAAAUUUCAGGUUUUACUUUACCUCUUGAAUUAUCCCUAAUAUUUUUCUCAGAUGUUUUAGGAGGGGUUUCUUCUUUCUGCAUCUUACAUCCAAUGCAGAAAAUGCCUUAUGCUCAUCUGCCUCUCGAGGGCACUUUUCCCUUAAAUUCUUAGUGAAUACUUAACCAUUACAUCUGUCUAUAUCUGUUUUCUUUCUUAAACAGAAAAACGUUGCUUUCCAAAGAUUUGGGAAGUCAUAGGAAAAAUGACACUUUUAAAAUUAAAGGUUAUAAUAAUUAUUUUUUAAGCUGUGUGCGUAUAAUAAUAUAUUUAAUAUGUUAAUAUAUAUAAACCAUAAUAUAUUAAUAGCUUGCUAAUCAUAAUAAUUAUCAUUUCAAAAUACAUCCCGUAGGAAAAUACUCUAGUUGCAAACUCCUGAUGAUCUGUAGAAACUUUUCGUUGCAGUUGUGUAACUUAGUAUGUCACAGGAAAAACAGAUCUAAAUUCAAUACUUGAAAGACACAUGUCAUACAAGGGGGAGGAUAGUGGCUGAAGUGAAAAAGGCAGGAUAGAUCAGUAACAACACAACUGCAUUUCCAACAUCAAUACUGCUUCCUGUUGAAAGACUAAAUAUCCAAUACAAAUCUCACUAAAUCUCUUCAUGCAUUUACAGUACUGGGAGUGUUGAGAAGUUUGCUGAGCAGGGGGUGUGCAUUCAGGGCAAUCCUAUAAUAAAAACUGCUCCUUAUAACUUCGAGUUUAUCAUCUUUACUGUCUUUUUAAACUUGAAAUACCAGGAAAGCAAAGCAAACAGCUAUUAGAAUGCCCUUUGUUCUUGAAUUCUCUUUGUAGUCAUUAAAGCAGAACAAUCCUGCAAGCUUGAUGCUUUUUUUCAUACAUUAUGUAGGCUGCCACAGCUAUGUUUUUGCAUUGUGGGGUUUGUGUCUCAAUAUCCCUGGCUGAAAAACUAUUUCCAAUAAAACAGUCUGUUGUAAGCUGUUUUACUGACAACACA